AUGCAGUCCUUAUACAUAGGGGUAUACAAGGCAGUGUAUGACUAUACAGCUCAAGCCGAAGAAGAGUUGACAAUAAAAACUGAUGACCUUUUAUAUUUGUUGGAAAAAUCAGAUAUCGAUGAAUGGUGGAAAGUUAAAAAGAGAGUUUUAGCUGUUGGAGAUGAAGAAGUAGAUGAACCCCUGGGUUUAGUUCCUUCGAACUAUAUUGAAGAGGCCCCUGUUAUCAAACAAGCAACUGCAUUAUAUGAUUAUGAUAAACAAACAGAGGAGGAACUUUCUUUCAAAGAAGGAGCCAAAUUUAAUAUUUACGACUUGAAAGACCCUGAUUGGAUCUUGGCUAGCAAUAAUGACAAGACUCAAUUUGGGUUUGUUCCAUCUAACUAUAUCCAAAUUGGGUCUAGUGAAACACCACAGCAAGCAGCUCAGCCUGCCACCUCUGUCCCAGCUACACAACAACAACAACCACAAAUCCCAGUCAACCAAAAUAUCCCUUCUCUUACGAAAGAGAGAUCUCCAGAACAAGCACCAACAGCAUCAAUGCCUGUAAGAGACUUCCCUCGUCCAAAUCAGCCUGUUACCUCUGGAUACAAUCAAGUGGAAGAAGAGGAAGAAGAAGCUCCACCGCCAAUGCCAAAUAGACCGGUUGGUAAUGAAACUCCAACCAGACCAUCCCGCGUAGAACUGUACGAACAAGUAGAAGAUGUCGAACAAGGUAGAAAUCACACAUUUGAUGGAGAGUUUUUCACCUGGUAUAUUGAUGAAGUCGAUGGUCGCAAGAAAAGAUCAGUCGUUUUAUCAAUUGGUCAAGGUUUAAUCAUAGUGAAAGCAGAUAAGGGUACACCAAAGAAGUUCAAAAUUAGAGGCGCUUCAAAUCGUGAUGACCAAUGGAGAAUUAGAGAUUUGAUAGAUUUUAGUCAUGAGAAGAAACAUGUAUUCUUGGAAUUUAAGAAUCCUUCAGCUUCAAUUGAAUUGCAUACUGGAACAAAGGAUGUGGCUGAUGCUAUAAUGUCUAUUUUGGGAGAUUUGAAAGGAGCAGAAUCAGCUAAAGGAUUAAAGGAAGUAGAAAGAGCAUCAAAAGCAAAGACCGGCGCAGGCAAUAGAAAAGUUGGUAGAUUGAUGUAUGAUUUCGAAGCACAAAGUAGAGAUGAAUUAGACUGUAAGGAAGGUGACGAAGUUUACGUUAUAGAUGAGUCAAAAUCAAGGGAUUGGUGGAUGGUGGAAAAUACCGAUACACGUCGACAAGGUGUUGUCCCCUCUGCAUAUAUUGAAAUCAUAAGUACCUCGAAUUUGGACAAAUUGACCGAAGGACCAGUUAGACACAAGUCUACGAAAACUAAAGAAAAGGCACGUCAUCAUCAUAGAUCUAGGGAAGAACGUGAUAGAGUUAGAGAAAAAGAUAGACUUCAAAGAGAAAAGGAAUCAAGUAAACAGAAGAAUGAAGAAGACAAAUCAAUGCCAAACUAUCAUAGAGUUAGAACUUGGAUUGACAGUUCAGGAUCAUUUAAAGUUGAAGCUGAAUUUUUGGGUUGUCAUGAAGGAAAAAUUCAUUUACACAAAACAAAUGGUGUCAAAAUUGCAGUUGGUGCCGAAAAGUUAUCAAUUGAAGAUUUAGAAUAUGUUGAAAAAGUUACAGGUACCUCAUUGGAAAAGUAUAAGGAAGCAGUGAUGAAGCAACUUGAAAAGAAACCAAAGGCGAAGAGUGGUGCAACUAGUGAAAUGAAGAAGGCUCCUUCAGCAACAGCUGUAAUUAAUGAUGUGACUCCAGCCAGACCAACUAGACAAAAGACGAAAUCUAUGCUUUCUCCAGCAGGUCGUGCGCCUGAAUCCGACUACGAUUGGUUUGACUUCUUCCUCGAAUGUGGUGUGGAUAUUGGGAAUUGUCAACGUUAUACCCUCAACUUUAACCGUGAGCAAAUGGAUCAAACUAUUUUGGAGGAUAUUUCACCAUCAUUGUUAAGAACCUUGGGAUUAAGAGAAGGUGAUAUUAUUCGAGUUAUGAAAUACUUGGACAAUAAAUUUGAUAGAAAGAAGACUUCAGAAGAAGCAAAACCUGCUGGUGGGUUGUUUGUGGACACGAACGGUGCUCUUAAAACCAAUAUCGCAGCAAGUGAAGUAUCCAAAGUAACUGCAGAGGCAUUGCCUUCUCCAGUCAAGGCAGCAACGCCGGAAACGAAAAGUACCAAUAAAAUUGAAGAUGACGCAUGGGCAGUCAAGCCUGCUGCAAGGUCAAGUGAAGAUCUUCUUAAACCAGUCCAACCUCAAGCACCACAAUAUACGGGCUCUUUAUCAGAUCUUGUUAAUAUCAAACCAACUAUUGAUAACAAACCACUACCAGCACCACCAGCCUCUUCAUCAUCUCAGAUCCCAUCAGCUCCACCGCUUCAACCAGUAAAGACCAAUAAUACUUUAAUUCAACCAGAUCAAAAGUUUGCUAUUCAAACUCAGGGUGCUGCCGUCCCUGUACCUGCGCAACGUACCGGUACCCUUAUCCCAGUUCAAAGAACAGGAGGUGGUGUUUUGGUUCCUGUCCAAACCGGUGGUAUUUUAGCUGCCCAACCAACAGGUUUUGUUCCAAUUACUGCACAACCAACAGGUUUCAUGCCAAUUCAACAAACUGGUAUAAUUCAACCACAAUUAACAUUUGGUAUAAUUCCAUUACAAACUGGUUCAACUACAUUUGUUCCUCAACAGAGCGGUAUUCAAAGAGCAGAUAGCGCACCACCCGUUACUACAUUUGGUCAAUCAUUUGUUCCAUUACAGGCAGGAACUGUUACCAUGCCACCAACCACUUUUGCAAUUCCAGCUCAACUUACAGGUGGAUUACCACCAACAACGUUCAAUCAGCCAGCAAUGGUCCCCGCUCAAAGAACUGGUGGUCAAAUUACAGGUGGAUUUGUUCCACAAUCUGCAUUUGGUAAACAAAUAACUGGUGGCUUCAUGGGAACUAACGUUGUCCCUAAUACUUCCUUUGGUCAACAACCAGUGGCAGCUGGUGGACCUGUUACAUCAUUCAGUCAACAACUUACUGGUGGAUUACCAGCUACUUCAUUUGGCGCACAAGUUACUAGUGGACUUCCUCCUACAUCAUUUGGAGCUCAACCAGCUAUGGCCCCAGCCCCAACUCCACAACCAGCCUUCGGGGCACCUGUUGGAUUUGGUCAACAAGUUACUGCAAACCCUUUCCCACAACAAACAAUGAAUCAAUUCCAAUCUCAACAACCAAUGAAUGCAUUCCCACAACAACCUCAGCAAGCAAUGAAUCCAUUCCCACAACAGCAACAGUCAUAUGGCCAAUUCCCGCAACAACAACAACAACCACAACAGUUUAACCAGUUCCAACAACCAUUUAAUCAGUUUUCUUCUCAACCAAAUAUGAACCAAAUGGUGAACCAAUUCCAAGCAACAUCUAUUUCUUCACCACCAUCAUUUGGUCAACAAGCUCCAGUUACUUCUUUUGGUCAAGCACAAUUUGAAGGAUUUAGUAAUCAACCGUUACAAUCACAACCAACAGGAACGGGAUUUGGUAAUGCUCCAUUACAAACACAACCAACUGGUCAAAAAGCGAACAUUCUGGCUGCUACCCCUGAUAAUCCAUUCGGAUUUGGAUUUUAG